CUACAGUGGCUGAGGCCCGAGGGUACUCAAGAGGGCUUCAUUAAUUAUUCCCCACAAAAUCCUAUAAAUAUGUGGAUAUACCUCUGUUCUUCCUCUCGAGGCUGAGCGCUGAAUUCUCAAUAUCCCUUCUGCUACUACAAAUAUCUGGUUUUAGGCAUGUUGAAGCUAUCAUUUCUCUUGACCCUUCUCUCAAGUGCAAGCUUUGGCCCCUGGCAUGAUGAGGCUAAGAGGAGCGGCGUCGCGAUAUACCCACCUGCUUGCACCCGCAUAGAAUGCCCAGUGUUUGAUGUUCUUCAACUUGGCAAUGGCUAUGAAAUUCGUCGCUAUAACUCUUCUGUUUGGAUGUCCACCUCUUCUAUCCAAGAUAUCUCCCUUGUUGAUGCCACCAGAACUGGAUUCUUAAGGCUAUUUGACUACAUCCAAGGGAAGAAUAGCUAUGAAGAAAAAAUAGAGAUGACAGCUCCGGUGAUCACUGAAGUAUCACCCAGUGAUGGACCCUUCUGUGAAUCCUCAUUCACUAUCAGUUUCUAUGUCCCAAAAGAGAACCAAGCUAAUCCGCCUCCAGCGAAAGGCCUCCAUGUUCAGAGAUGGAAACCGACAUAUGUAGCUGUAAGGCAAUUCAAUGGAUUUGUCACUGACUCAAAUGUUGGAGAGGAAGCUGCUGCCUUGCAAGCUAGUCUUGCUGACACCAUUUGGGCUGCUGCCGUUGAGAAAACCCGUCCUGAUUCCACUACCGUCUAUACUGUUGCACAGUACAACUCUCCAUUUGAGUUUGACAACAGGGUGAAUGAGAUAUGGAUGCAAAUUUACGUAGAAGAUGAGCUGCUGGUAAUGUAAGAGGAGAUCAUUGUGUUGGUCAUUGUAGUGCGAGAACAGAUAAAUAUAUCCUUGUGAGAAAUCCUAGGCAACAGCUAUUUGUCAUAUUGAAUAAAAUUCCCUCUGUUCGUCUA